AUGUCCAACCCCAGUGAGGCAGAACUCAUUCACAUGUUUAAAGGGGUUCUCUUUACCACCAGGUCUUCUCCAGAACUUCUACAGUCCUUGCAUACUUUUGACGCUAGAGAAGAUGAUGUCCUUUUGGUUUCCUACCCCAAAUCUGGCACUCACUGGCUUGCAGGAGUUAUAACAAAGCUUUACAAUACUCAAGUUACACUAACAUCUCCCAUUGAAUUUGGAGACAUAUCCAAACUGGAGGAACUGGAUAAAGUCGCAUCAAAGAGAAUCAUCCCAACGCACUUAGACUACAACAUGUUACCUCCAAAUUUUAAGAAUAAAAAAUGCAAGAUGAUCUACAUCAGUAGAAAUCCAAAAGAUACUGCAGUUUCCAUGUAUCAUUACUACAGAGAUAAUCCAAACCUUCCCACUAUUGACACCUGGACUGCUUUCUUUGACCUGUUCUUAAAAGGAGAUGUUGUCUGUGGAUCUUGGUUUGAUCAUUUCCUAAGUUGGGAAGAACAUGAAAAUGACAAAAACAUCCUGUUUUUGUUCUAUGAAGACAUGAAGAAGGAUCUCCCUAAGAUUGUAAAGGAAAUCAGUCUGUUCCUGGGUUUAAACGUCAGUGAUAACGAUGUCCAAGACAUCUGCAAGAAGUCCUCAUUCUCAGAGAUGAAAAGCGACACAGAAAAGGAAAACAGCGAUCCCAGCCACACCGUUUGUGCGCUGACGUCCAACAGGAAGCUGAUUUUCCGAAAAGGUGCUGUUGGUGAUUGGAAGAACCAUUUCACUCCAAAGCAGAACCGGAGGUUUGAGGAGAUAUUUAAUGAGAAAAUGAAACUCAGCAAAAUGGCAAAAAGUCUCACCUAUGAAUUUUGA